CUAAAAUUGAUAUUUCGCGGGCAAGAGCCACACGGUUUCCCAUCCCAAUUUCUUCGAGGAGGUCGUACCAUGGACGGAACGUGGUGGACGAGCGGUCUUCCUGCCGGCCGACGCGUCCGGAUCGGGUUCCAACCAGCCCAAACCACCCCGCCGCCGGCCGUUUCCCCGCACUCCACCACCUGCGCCGGCCCAUCCUCCCGGCCUGGCCCAUGCCAACGCGCCCCGCGCUGCCCUUGCCGUGCCUCAGCCGGAUCCCCCUCAAAGCACGACCACACCACGCCGCCGGUACCGGCGCACCAUCGAAACCAACCCUAGCCAAACCAAAUCAGAUCAGAUCCCCUUCCCCUCUCCACGCCCAAAUCGCUCCGAUCCGCCGCGACCGCGAUGGACGACGACGACGACGUGUCGCCCUCCUCCUCCCCGUCGCCGCCCUCCUCCUCCGCGCUCCCCGUGGACGGCCCCGUCACCGUCGCCGCUGCGCCGCCGGGCGCUUCCAUGGCGGUCGCGCUCCCGAUCCAUAGGACCGCGGCGUCCCUGUACGCUAGCGCCGGCGGCGAUGGCGGCGGCGGCGGCGGGAGGGAGGACGCCUGGAGCGACGGCGCCACGUCCGCGCUCAUCGACGCCUGGGGCGAGCGCUUCGUCGCGCUCGGCCGCGGCAGCCUCCGCCACCCGCAGUGGCAGGAGGUCGCCGAAGCCGUCUCCUCCCGUGACGGCUACUCCAAGGCGCCCAAGUCCGAUAUCCAGUGCAAAAACCGCAUCGACACGCUCAAGAAGAAGUACAAGGUCGAGAGGAUCAAGCCGGUCUCCGGCUGGCAGUUCUUCGACCGCCUCGAUUUUCUCCUCGCGCCCACCUACGGCAACAAGCCCGGCAACGGCGGCGGCGGGCACAACUCCAACAGCCGCAGCCAGAUGCCUGCGGCGCCGCGAGUGGGCUUCCCUCAACGCAGCCGCACGCCGCUCAUGCCCGCAGCAGGAUCCGGGGCCAAGCGGAGGGCGCCUUCGCCGGAGCCGUCGGUGUCCUCCGAUUCCUCCGACGGCUUCCCGCCAAUGCCGGCCCUUCCGGCGGUGAACGGGAAGAGGAAGAGGACGGACGAUGGGCGCUCCGACGGAGGCGGCGACCGCGCGCAGGGGCUUCGGGAGCUGGCUCAGGCGAUACGGCGCCUCGGCGAGGCGUACGAGCGCGUGGAGGCCACGAAGCUGGAACAGGAGGCCGAGAUGGAGCGUCGGCGCAUGGACUUCGCGCAGGAGCUGGAGUCGCAGCGCGUGCGGUUCUUCCUCGACACGCAGAUGGAGCUCACGCAGGCCAAGAAUCACGCGUCUCCUGCCACGGCCGCCGUCCCUGCUGUUGGCUCGUCGAGGAGGAUUCCGAGGAUGUCACUGGUUACCGACGCCGGUGGCAGCAGCAAUCACCAUAGCCGUUACCGGAUCAGCCAUGUUGACAGGCACCGCCAUGCUCCACGCCCACAUUACCAGCAGUACCAUGACAACAAUAACGCGGGGGCAGCGGCUGCAAGUGACGGUGAGCAGUCUGACGAGGAAGAUUAUGAAGAAGAGAGCCAGUAACUGCAUCAUUGUUCGCCAUAAUUCAUAGGGUUAAUUAAUUGGAUCUCUAUGCCAUGAC